CUUUGUCAAGCCUUAUUCACGUCUGGGUUAGAUGACUGGACUUUGGAAGGCAUUUUAUAGUGAUUUCCAACAUUGAUAUUGCACAUCACUGGCCUGACUCCCGACGGCUGUGCGUACGUCACAUCAGUUGUCCUAGAAAUUGGCAAUCGACAGUCACUGCGUGAAUUGAAACUAGUGGACGUUGCCACGAUCUGUUAUUCCAACCUCUACUUUCAAAUGUGCACCCUUUAGAGAAGCUGGCAAAAUGCAUCGGCGAGUAGGCCUAUUCUCCCAACUACUGUUCCUGGCCUUGAUGUGGGCUUAUACCAUUAGAACUGCACAGUCACAAACCACAGCAGAAUUUACAGCGAAUACAAACGCAUUUAUCACCCAGUUUGUCACGUCUGAAUCUCUGACAAAUGAUGGCACAUCAGUAUACGAAACUACUGCUGUAGGAGGCACAGCUGUUCCAACCGGCCAAUCUAUGAUAACCACAACGACAUCAGAGGCAUUCCUACAAACUGAAGGUACUUCCCAACAAAAUAACCAUGUUUUUCUCCGUUCCCCUAUUUGGCCUUUGGAACUGAAAACAAUUAGGUUACACCCCUCCACGUGUGCAUUAUUUUCUUCUGUUCCAGAAGCUACUACAGACGAUACGAUCGGUAAAAUUACGACGUCCAUGUCUUUUACAGAGGGAAUCACACACACCAAAGAAACUACUAAAGGGUUCACAGAUAGUUCAUCCACCAAACCCAUGAUAGCCACAGCUGUGACAGAGAUUUUCACUAACAUUCCAGGUGUUAAAUCCACUGAAAAUGGCCCCAUGCCUACAGUCUCACCCACGAGUUCUUAUGGGGAAAACCAGACAGAAGAUUCAAAAUCCACUGAACAAAGUGGCUUCGCGCCCAGUACGAUGUCAUCUACAAGUUCUAACGGAGCAAACCCGACAGAAGCUGAAAGCACGUGCCGUCCUGGAGAUUUCGAUUGCGGAGAAUCGGUGUGCAUUAGCGGUUUAUGGCAGUGUGAUGGUUUCCCGGACUGUGAUGAUAGAAGUGAUGAAGAGGGUUGUGUUGGCUGCCGCAAUUUCUGUUUCAAAGACGGGCCCCGUGGAGGAUGCUGGUGUGACGGGGCGUGCGAGGUCUACGGAGAUUGCUGUGCAGACUACUAUGAAUACUGCACAAUUCCAGAUUAUCCAACCGAAUCACCAGAUGUUGACGAAUGCGACCCCCGGGAACCACUACAUGACUGUGAUGAGAAUGCAUUUUGCAUUGACACCAUUAAGGGCUUUAACUGCACCUGUAAGGAGGGAUACGAAGGAGAUGGAAAAUCGUGCGCUGAUGUUGCAUCACCAAACAUAUCGUGCCCAAAUGACGUGACGGUUUACACAAACUGCCACAAGAGCUACUCAACCGUCUCGCUUCCCGAUGUCAAGUCCGCAUAUGAUAACUCUGGAACAUAUAGCGUCAGUGUUGACAUCAAAGACUCUUCGUAUCAGGUAGGCGACAACGUCACUUUCGAUCUAGCGUCGUCCCCACAUCAGGUGCGCUACACAGCGACAGACGAGUCAUCGAACAAUGCAACGUGUGAUGUACUCGUCUCCGUUUCCUCCGUGAACGACGGAGAAAAGUGUUCAGCCACAGGCAGCCCACCCAAUUGCAUUUGUUCCUCAAAUCAGCAAGGAUACUGCACAUGCUCCUCCGGAUACUGCGGACAUGACUGCUCUCAGGGCGAUGUUGGAACUCAGUGCACCAGGCCUGGUGAACCUUUUCAGAACUGCAAAGGCAUUGAUGAAUGCUCUCCAGGUUACACUGGGCCACAGUGUAAGGAAGUAAGUGCCGGGACGAACUGUCCGGAAGUAGCAAACCGGUGUCUGUAUCGUGGCGUGACAUCUGUGAAAGUCACGUGGACUCAAGUCAAGGCUGUUAAGCCAUCCGGCGACCCAAUCUCUCCUGCCGACAUCACUUGCAAGGAUAUCGAUGGGGCUAGUGUUGACCUGACGGGAGGCGAUUUCGGGUUAGGGAAGCACGAAGUUGUCUGUUCGUCUGAUACUGAAAACGGUGUCGUCCCACAAUGCUUGAUUUCCUUCAGUGUCUCGGCAUUUCCGUCCUUGGGAGUUCCACACUUAGGCGAACAGUGCACCGACAGUGGAGAGACAACUUCCACCGUGGCUUGGAACGUUCAGCCGACCACGCCCGGCGAUGACCUAAUCAUUACCUGUACAGGAGAUGGCACGAACAUCGGGCCAUCAGGAGGUGUCUUCGGAGUAGGUUCUCACGUAGUAACUUGUACAGCAACUAACUCAGGUGGCUGUGCUAGAUCGAAGGCAUUCGGAUUCAAUGUAGUAGCUGGCAAUCUCCUUCCAUUUGGGGUCGAGGUUGGCGAUUCCCUACUAUCUAACGCAAAGCAAGAGAAUCAGCAGUCCAAGAAGGAUUUGAUAUCACCAACCAUUUUCCCGCCAAAUUUCUUUCCCUACUGCAAGGAGCUGUACGAGAAAAUCUAUUUCACCGAUAAUGGUGCAAUUGUUCUGUCAAAUGACAAAUCCGUCAGUAAAUGGGCAUAUCCCGGUGCGAAAAGUUUGAAGUUCCCAGACGGAAUUAAAAUGAUUGCCCCGUUCUGGGCAGAUGUCAACGCUGAUGCAUUUUCGGCAAAGAAAAAUGUCUUCUGGCAGGUGUAUGAUCAGUACGAUGCAAACACCGAUCAGGACAUGCUGGAUACUAUCAAGGCAAUUGUAUUACCGGACGCUGGGAGCGACGAAGGGCUCGCGUACUGGGCGCUGGUUAUCACGUGGAGUAAUGUUCAGCCAGAUGCAAAGGCAACAGGUACCAACACCUUCCAGGUCGUGCUACUGACAGACUCUAUCCACAGCUAUGGGAUGUUUAAUUACGAUCCUUGCAAGAUGAACUGGGACACUGCCUUCCUGCCCAAUAAAAAUGUCAUAUUGGGCUACACGUGUGGAGUGUCUGACCAGAGCGUGCAUGUGGAUGUACCCGAACAUUUGCUUUUCCGUCCGGGCGGCAUCGUUGGGAAUUCUGGUCAGAGAGGCCGCUGGGUGUUCCAGCUGGACAGCCACUCUAAGGAGUUUGUCAACCCUCGAUUAUCCUGCCACAACUGGUACAGUCGCCAGGCGCCCUACCCAAUCUUCGAUGUGUACUACCCGCCGUUUGCUGACACGUGCCCCUGCAGUCUGAGAAUGGCUUGGUUCGAUUGGAGAUUCAGGAGCACUUGGUGGCAUCGCUAUUACAUUCCUCGUGGAGACGUCUGGGACUACUUUCAAGACAGCUCUGUUGUGUGCUAUGUGCGAUUUUACCAAGCCCCUGGAACCCCCGGCCCACAAUGUUGCUACAAGAGAUCAACUGGUGAUCUUCUUUACGACGUGAGGAAUCCACAAGUUGCUACAGUCUUUGAGAGAUUUCCGUUCAGUUGGAUAUUUUACACUCCUGAUGUUUUUCAACAGUGGUACGAGGAAGACGUGCUUUCACGCUACCACUGUUGCGAAAAGUCUACUCUCUGUCACCUUUAUACUGAAUGGCGUCCUCUAAUGACUUGUUCGCACUAUCUACCAGCUUUUUGGGGUUGGUUCUGGGGAGAUCCACACGUGCGUACUCUUGACGGUCUGGACUAUACUUUCAAUGGCCUGGGUGAAUACACAAUGGUCCUCAUCGAAGACCUGGAAAGAGGCAAGCAAAUCUUUGAAUUGCAAGGCCGAACGCAGAGAGUGUACGACCCCAAAACUGAGGAGCUGACUGAGGCGACCUCGUACAGUGGUUUUUCAGCCUUGGACUUUGCUGGUGGUGCAAAGGUUGAAAUAAAGUUAAACGACGAAGCUACUGAUUUAAUAACAACUGUGAAUGGAUCGGUGGUUGAACCAACAACUGAUGGACUGGUGUUUGAUGGCUUAACUGUGAGGAGGGAACAGGAUCCGCCUAAAGUGGUUGCAAUAUUCUCUAUCGAUGUUCAAUUUGCGGUCGGGGUGAACAACAGUUUUGUAGAUAUCACCGUCCAACUGAGUCAAAAGUAUAACGGCAGUACCAAGGGUUUACUAGGCGUUUGGGAUGGAAACAGAACCAACGAUAUUCUGAGACGCAACGGUACAUUCCAGGAACCAAGCGGUACUGAUGGGAAGAUGCUCGAAAAGGAUUACUUUGAUUUUGGAGAAACCUGGCGUGUUUCUAAAGAGGACUCGCACUUUUAUUACAUCCCCCCCGAGGAGAGCUGGGACAAAAUAAACGACCUGUCUUUCCGACCCAAGUUCUUGGAGGAUCUACUCGACAGCAUCGACGACGAGCAACGCCAAAAGUUAGAAGAGGUCUGUGGAGACAGCAGGCAGUGCCUCUAUGACUCGUUAGUAAUGAAUGAUACAACCAUUGGACAGACCACCAAGGAGCUCAACGAAAGAAACAACGAAGACCUGGAGUCCGCAACCAAUUAUCCGCCAAAAUUCACGCUUGUUGAAACUGUUCGAGCCACCGUGGAAGAGAAAUUGACUCUCCAGUUAGAUGCUACGGAUCCAGAUGGGGACGAUGUUGCGUUCCAACUAAUGGAGAGUAUACAAGGUGCAACGAUUGGCGAGGAAGAUGGCCUUUUUAUCUGGAUACCUGUUGACACAUCGAAGGUUAGAGUCGGGUUUUUAGCCACGGAUGGCAGAUCGAAUUCUACUCUUGAGCCGAUAGUGAAUCUCUGCAACUGCCAAAAUGGCGGCACCUGCCUCUCGGAUCAGUUUGUAGACGGCACUAAUCUCAUCCAAGACCGCUUCGGGGUAUUGCUGUGCCAGUGUAAGCCUGGGUGGACCGGUGAGUUCUGUGAAGUUAACUACGACGCAUGCGCAGGCAGCCCAUGUUACCUGGGCGUGGAAUGUACAGAUGAAGCGCCGCCGUCUAUGAAUAGCACGUGCGGACCUUGUCCUGGGGGAUUGGAGGGCGAUGGAAAAACAUGCACAGAUAUUGAUGAGUGCAAGAUGUACAAAGAUGAUCCUCGGCUUAGAUGUGACCACAACUGUGAGAAUUUUCCACAGAGCUUCAAGUGUAGCUGUGAAACGGGGUACUACCUGGAUGACGAUGGGAAGACUUGCUUAGAAAUGAAAGAUUCUGACUGUUUCAAUGGCGCGGAAUUCGACCAAAAUACCCACGAAUGUGUUUGUCCGGAGGAAUUUUCGGGACUAACAUGUGCAGAGAAGAAUCCUUGUUGGUUAAACAGCAGUCUGUGUUCGGAGACAGGGACGUACUGUGUACCAGAUACGAAAGAAGAGGGCUUCUCAUGUGUCUGUCGUGCCUUCGAGGGAUACGUCGAAAUCGGCGAUGGCUCUUGCGAACAAAUCCCUUCGUUUGGAGUAGAGAUCAAAACCAAUUUGGAUUUCAAGGCUGCCUAUAAGAACCCAACAACCAGCGCUUUCAAAGACACUGCUGCAAUGCUUGAACGGGCGAUUAUGAAUAGGCUUGAGACAGACAAAGCCACAUGGAACGCCCUUGCAGUGCAAGUAACAAUGAUGGAAAGGGGCAGCGUGGUUGUAACUUUUGUGGUAUCCUUCCCUGAAAACGAGGUGCCCACCAAGGUUGAGCUGGAGGAAGUUCUGUCAAGUAGUCAAACCCUGUUUGACGGCAAUACAACAGUUGGCAUUGAUCCAGACUCUAUUCGCACCGAAGAGGUACAAACAACUUGCCCUGUUCACCACUGCCUUAAUGGUGGGACUUGCGAAAGGCCAAAUCUCUCUCCUUGGUUUUCUUGCAGGUGUGUGUCUGGAUAUACUGGGGAGCAAUGCGAGAUUCAGCCGGUACCCAAUCAAGGUGGCCUCUCGACUGUCGCCUUAGUCCUGAUCAUAUUAGGCUCCCUUUGCCUCGUCCUUGUGGUAGUUGUGAUUCUCGUCGUGUUGGUGGUCAGGAAGAAGAGCAAAGUAGACCCUUCCCUUGGUAGCAGUCGGAGGCCAUCAGAGGACGAUGACAAUCACACACUGGUUCCUGUCGAAGAAGGGGAAAACAUGAGGCUUACCGAGAACACAAAUCCAGCACCAGUGACAAAGAUGGAUAUGCCGAGCACGGAGACGGAGAUUUAAUAUGCACGAGUCUAGACUAGAAUGAAAGGCAUCUAUAUCGUCAAAGAACCUUCCAAAAUGAGAGCAGUUCCAUGUAAAACUUUUAACAGUUAUUCCAAAUUUCAAUUUUAGAAAGAAAUGUAUUAAUGUGUACGCACGCUUUGUUUGAGUGAAGCACUGCAGCUCAUUAGGAAAUCUUUGCAUUGAUUCUUGAAAGAGAUAGUAACUGAGAUGGGAAUUUUCAAUCACUAAAAUCUGUAGAGUAUCGCCAAGCAUAUUUUAUGGAUUACGAAGCGAUGAUCAUCGUUAUGACUGUGUAGCAGAGUUGUAUUUGCUUAGGAUGUAUUCAUACUUUCAUUACGAGAGUUUUUAAGCUACAUUUCCAAUGUAUUCGGUUAUGAAAUAGCUACAAAUGCAAUAUAUUUUGAACUUCUCUGUUUUUAAAGCUCAAAACACAUAAUUUUUCGGUGCAAAGUUAGGUACUAAACUAAACUUACUCUAGCCUUACAUACAAACUUAAGGUUACUUUAUUUGUAAAAUUAUUUUCAUUCUGAAAGCGACCGACCGCGAAACAUCACAUUGGAAAACAUCUAGUAUAUUUCUGUAAUUUUGGGGACCUCAAACGGGCAGUAUUUUCCUACAGAAGUUUCUAUCUAGGAGAUUCACCUAUUUUACCUUGGAUACGAAUUUUUCAGGUAAAUCAAUAGAAAUUCUGACUGUAUAUUUUUGUCAUAAUAUGUGAAAAUCUCCCUCAACACACGCAAUUUUUCAAUGUCCUGUCCACUGAAACAGUCAUAAAUUAGCCAACAACUCUCUGACCUUUCUCAGUUCGUUGUGGUUUAAUUUUAAUUAACAUGUAGUCGGUAAUUUCAUGGCCAUAAUUUGGAGGAAAGGGGUCCUAUGUCGGCAAGAUGUAUGCAUGAAAGAACACUCCGCACUGUCAUUGAUUAAAUGCAUUUCACCUAUUAUCACUAUAUUUACUCAGAUUUGGUAUAACUUGAUUCGCUAAGUACCAUUGACCUUUUACACCACCUUCUUUGUUGACAUAUAUUUGUAGUGCUUAUUUUGAAACGCAUGGUGUAGACACAAACACGCGUCUGUUGACUUACUGUGAUUUCCGCUAAAUUUAACAUCGUUGUGUAGCCUUACGUUUUACACCAGCUUAACUGUUUACAUUUUUAUCUUAAGUUUUAACAGUGCUUGUUGAUCUGCUACUUUAACACGCAAACUUUACAAACCCAACUGAAGAACUAAUGACUAUCCACGACCAAACUCACGACUCGUUGUAUCUCCAUUCGGAAAUAUUGCCGCUAUUUUUUCCCAGCAAGCUGGGCGGAAAUAAAGUGUUCAUGCGCAAGCACAAUGACCUACAUUUUGCGGCUUGAUCUCAAGUCGUUAUUCAGCCGGGCAGUUUAGUCAGAAUGCAGGGUCACAAGACUAUAUGUGACCGGAGAUACAACGAAUCACGAAUUUGGUCGUGAAUAUUGACAGCAAAAUUUGCGACCAAAGAGCGUGAAUUUAGUCGAGAAUUUUGGUGUCAAUGUUGACGAUGGGCGAUGUCCCUCAAGGGACACCAUGCGUUUAGAUAAAUCCUGCCUCGACUAAUUUUCACCAAAUUUCAAACUCGACCUAUUCCUUAAACAAGGCCAAUAUGGAAAAACUCAAACUUACUUUGAAGUACAAUAGCGCUUAUAAGGAGUACAUUAUCCAUUACUGUGCACCCUCUGGCCUACACUGGUACAAUAAAUUCAAUUACGACCUGUGGGAAUCGAA